AUGUGUGCUACAUUUCCAAUCUAUGUUGAUGAUAUAUUGGUUACAAGCAAUGAGGCUUCUGCCGUUUCUGUUCUCCUUCAACAGUUGUCAGGCGAGUUGUCUAUAAAGAUUUGGACCUUCUCCGAUGCGGAUUGGGCUGGUGAUGGCAGUGAUCUUAAAUCCACAGGUGGUUUUGCAAUUUUUCAUGGGCCUAACUUGGUCUCUUGGACAUCAUGGAAACAACGCACCAUUGCCCGUUCCUCAACAGAGGCCGAAUACAAGGCCUUGCCUGAUGCAUUUGCCGAACUGAUUGGUAUAAUUGGUAUAAUUGUUUUGUUCAAUGAGAGGAUUAAUAUGAUCCUCUUUGAUUAA